AUGAGCCGAACUCCCGGCCGAGAUCGUGCAGAAGUUCGUCCGCCUCGAACGCCACCACAGCCACUGCCGGUGAAAGCACCACCUGUGCAAUUGAGAAGACAACCAAGCACACCACCUCAACCACCGCCGGUGAAGGUACCACACCACCAUGGCGUGAGCAUGAGGAGCGACGCAAUUGCGUCGGAAGAGAGCGUUCGACUCCGCAAGGUCGAAACACCCGGACACGAACCGAGACACGGUCGUCCGCUGGUGGACAUUGGACGAAUACUGGGAGGCUAUUUUGAAAGCCGUGGAUGUGACAACAACGGAUGGAACGAGGUCGUUUUUUUCGGCCUGCAGUAUUUCAUCAAGCGAUACUUGCUGGGCCAGGUGGUGACCAAGGAGAAGAUUGAUGAGGCAGCGGAGAUCUACUCUGAACACUUCGGCGAUGGAGUGAAUGACAAUCCUUCGAUGUUCUACCGCGAAGGCUGGGAGUACAUCUUGAAGGAGCAUGGUGGCAGGCUGCCGGUGGAGAUCAAGGCCGUCCCUGAAGGAAUGGUCGUACCCACCAAGACGGUGCUCUUCACUUUGGUGAACACUGACCCAAAGUGCUUCUGGUUAACCAACUUCCUGGAGACGCUGUUGGUUCAGGUGUGGUACCCCAUGACCGUGGCCACCCAGAGCCGAUACCAGAAGAUGUCGAUCGCAAAGUACAUGGAGGAGACCGGAAACACCGAUUGGUCCAUCCCCAACGGCGUGACCUUCAAGCUGCACGACUUCGGCUUCCGUGGAGUGUCCUCUGUGGAGUCUGCGGCCAUUGGUGGCUGCGCGCAUUUGGUGAACUUCAUGGGAACUGACACGGUGGCCUCCAUGAUUUGUGCGCGCGACUACUACGGAUCCAAGAAGGCUGCCGGUGGCUCCAUCCCAGCGUCGGAGCACUCCACCAUUACCUCCUGGGGCGUUGAGGGUGAAUGCGAUGCCAUGAGGAACAUGCUUGAAUCCUACCCAGAGGGCUUGGUGGCCUGCGUGUCUGAUUCUUUCGACAUUUGGCGGGCAUGCAAAGACUAUUGGGGGGACAAGUUGAAGGACUUGAUUAAGGGACGUAUCACUGACACCAAGUUUGGACGCUUGGUGGUUCGUCCUGACAGCGGUGACCCGGCUGAGACUUGCUGCUCUAUUUUGAAGAUUCUGCUUGAGCAGUUCAAGGAGGAUGUGACCACCACGCCCACAGGACACAAGCUCCUUCCUCCAUACAUCCGCGUCAUCCAGGGCGACGGUGUCGACUGGGAGUCCAUUCCAAAGAUCCUGGAGAAGUUGAAGAAGGAGAAUAUCGCAGCAGAUCCUUGGCAGAGUGAGACCGUUGUGGCGAAAGAAUCGCCGACGCAGUGGCAUUGUUGCAUCAAGUACAGCUGCGCACGCACGU